AUGCAAAGCCGGGGCUCCGGCAGAACAGGCGACGAGGAGGGAGGCGGCAAACACCCGCUGCGCUGCAACGGCGAUGAAGCCACUCCACCGCGCGACUACGCGGCGGCUGCGGAGGAGCAUGGAGGAGCGCACCGCGGCAUGAACGCUGGCAGCGCGCGGGCAACGAGCCGAAGGAAGGCGACGGCUUCGGUCCGUCAAGCCGUUGCAGAUGAUCUCGAUGUGGCGCGCGUCGUGGACUCGCGUCAGAAGGUUACGCGUGACUCCCCUGCUUACUACAGACACGGGCAACGGCACCCUCGAAGGGCAGUGUCCGAGAUGCAAGAACUCCGGACGUCGCACAUGCCGGGCGGACGGUGA